GUCAAAUACAGUACAAACGUAUUGCAUGUAAUAUUUAUUAAUUUAACCUGGAAUGGCACCAAUACGGUACAGUCUCCACUAUGAAGAUUAUUCAGAACACAUAAUGUCCAGGUUUGGAAAACUUUUACAAAUGCAAUCUUUAGUGGACAUGACACUCAUGUGCAGUUCCCACACUUUGCGCGUCCACAAAGCAGUUCUGGCAGCAAGUAGUGCGUAUUUCCAGGAAUUGUUGCAAAAACAAUCUGGAGAACCGCUGAUAAUAUUAAAAAUACGCUUUAGUGUACUUAAAUCAUUGGUAGAGUUCAUGUAUUGUGGAAAAACUCAAUGUCUAGAAGAAAAUUUAGAUGAAUUAGUUUCAGCGGCACAAUUUUUAAAAAUCAAAGGUUUAUCAAAAGUGACGAAAGAAGGUCUCGGAAUUACUAAACACAGCGAGUUGCCAGUGUUCACGCCGCCCGUGGUUAUUAGUCGACCGCCGCAGUCUCUAAUCAAUCUACAUGCUCAGGAUACAAUGGAGGCAAAGCCUCCGCCUGCUCCGCUGACGCCCUCCAGCUCCUGCCAGACCAACGACGCCAUCAAUCGGACUAACAAGGACAUGGUGGUCCGUAUUCCUUUUGACAUCGAAAAUGGCGGUGGAGGCGGCGCGCCCGGCGCAGAGUACGCCGACACGACGCGCACCAUUCGACCACGCAGAGGCAGACCUAGUAUUAGGCGGGCGUCAGGUUGGGAGGGCGGCGGCGCACUUGGCCGCGCCACAGAGCGCGCGCUGCUGCGCAGAGAACAGGACUCCCGCAAGGCCAUACACCAACUCAAGCAUCUACAGACCAGGCACAUGCAGGACUACAUGGACCGAGUGACUCUGUCGCAGGCCGUGGACAGCAUAUGCGACCCGGAGUCUACCACCAACAACUACUUGAACAUCGACAACGACCUCAUGUACAUGGACCAGACCGUGUCCUCCAACGUCCUCGACCAGGGGAUGUCGUUCUCCAAGGACUCCCUGAUAAACGAAACCAUAACGUCGAGCUUCGCCAACACGAGCACGACCAACUCCGGCAGCGAUAACUCCGGCGCCGGCAUCGGCACCGCCAUGUCGCAGUACGUGAACGCUCUGAAGAGCGCCGGCCUGCCCACAGACCUGCCGAUACUCUUCGAAUCUGGCGACGGCUCCUACAUCAAUGUCAAUGAACAGGUCCUCCUAGACAUGGUGCAGAGCAACGAGAUACAAUAUGAAGUAAUCGAGCAGCCAAAUAUAAUUGAAAAAGUUGCCGACCCCAGCGAAAUUAAAAGCAUCGACGAUCUUUCGAAGUCGAUAGAGCGAGGGGAGAUGCUCAUCAACUCGAAGAGCUACAACGACAGCAACUAUGACAAGGAUCCGCAGUACAGUCGGCACGAAGAUGCUAUCAACAGUCUCAGUGCCAUUUUACCUGAUAAUCUAGAACCGUUUGGUGACCAACAGAACUAUGUCGUUCUCGGCCAGGAUCUGCAAGAGAGUCAAUCUAACUUGGAUCCGGUGAACUCGCACGACUUCUCCUGCAUCGACAGUGACAUGCAGUUCUUUACCAAAUCUAUGAGUGACGAUGUCAAAAAGUUUUACGAGGACCAGCAGUUGAGCGAUGCUCGCGUCAUGGAGCAGCUCUGCCCGAGCACAUCGCUCGACACCAGUUUCAACAUGUCUUUGUUGGACUCCAAGAUCUCCAAUCUCAACGAAAACAUGACUCAACCGUACGACUCGUUAAAUAAUGAAGAUUUAAGAAGAAAUGAAGACUGCUACGACUUUAGUUUGCCGCUGCCGCAGAGCUCCGACUUCAAAGAAGAUCCUCUAGACUGUUUGAUUUCCAGUUCGAAACAAAACGAUGACGUCAGAAAUAAUUUCAACGACCACGACGAGUUAGACAAGAGGGUGCAGGAGAGAGACGAUUUAAUUAAAGAUUUAAUGAACAUAGAAGAAAAGAUUAAGCUCGAAAGCAGAACUGAUAAGAAAGAAACGUCGACAAUGAAUAACGAUUUUAACGUUGAAGAGGUUUUUCAGAAAGAAGUAUGUGAUAUGAACCAAACGCAGUACAACACGAGUGCAGCGGAAACAACAAAAGACCACGAACAGACUAAUUUACAAUGGGACAAUGUAACGGUAAGCGAAAAUGUUCUUGAAAAAAAUUGUGAACCAGAGAAUGUUUCAAAUAAUUUGAAUAAAUCAAAUAAUAAUCUACAUGACGACAAAAAUAAUAGCGCUACGUAUUCAGAUCCUAUAAUAGAUCUGACGGAACGCAUAGACUCGUCCAAUCAAUGGGAUGAUAUAUUACAUGAAAAUGAAGUAAAUAAAGAAAACUUAGUGCCUUGUUCAAAUCAUGACAGUUCGAGACUAGAAGGAGACAUACCGUUUGCAGUCGGCUUGCUGCCGCUGAAACAUGUUCAAAACACAGAUGACGAAGUUUUGCUAAAAAGAAAAGUACCCAACGAUUCUGAUAGCUUAGGUACUGUGGAUGCAAAAUGUUUAAAACGUAAGAUUAAACACAAAAAAUUGUCAUAA